AUGUCUCGGUUUGUUCCAGCUGGGACUGAUCCUGGCUCCGGAUCAAACGAGAAGGAAGAUGAUGCGUGGACCAAGGCUCGUCAGCAAAUUGAGGCUCUUAAAAAACCCAAGCCUGUGGAUGAAGGAAAGCAAGAAGGGGGCGAAAGCCUCUACGACGUCUUGCAACGAAACAAAGGCAAAGAUCGAUUUCUGACACCUUGCACUUUUGCAUCUACAGCUGCCAAGCAAGAGGCUUUUGAAGAGUCGAUUAAGUUGAAAAACCAGUUUCGUGCUCUUGACGACGACGAGGUCGAUUUCCUAGACUCGGUCCUCGAGUCAGAAAGGGCAAAAGAAGACGCAGUCAAGAAAGAAAUGUCCGAGCAGCUGGAAGCUUUCCGCAAUCAACGCGCCAAAGCAGAAAAGGAUCUGUUGGAACAUGAAAUACCGGAGGCAGAGGAACGUCUCGGCGCUCCGGUGGGCAAGAAUGCGUGGACAACCCAGAAGAAGCGCCGGCGCCGUGAUGAAGAGUCAAAAGCCAUUGCAUCCAACAAAACAAGAAAGCUCUCGUCUUCCGCCGACAACACACCUCAGCAGCCAACAGCCCCAAAAGAAUCCGGAGAGCUUGCAAAGCCGCUUGAGGCUGCAAAUCAAUCAUCGCCCGCUCAAGUCAAGUCUACGCCCGGAGUUCUUGGCCUAGGCGAUUAUUCCUCCGACGAAGAUUGA